UACAGAGUUGACACUUGACACAUUAUUUUUGUUAGUCGAAUUGGUAUAAAUUUUUAGAAAUUCUACAUUUCUCAUGUUAAAAUCAAAUAUUUAAUAGAAAAAAAUCAAAAAUAAAACCUAUACAAGAUGGGGCGACGAUCCAUAAAUACCACUAAAAGUGGUAAAUACAUGAAUCCCACAGAUCAAGCUAGAAAGGAGGCCCGCAAAAAGGAAUUGAAGAAGAAUAAAAAGCAGCGCCAAAUGGUUAGAGCUGCUGUGCUCAAAAAUAAAGAUCCCAGUCAAAUAUUAGAGGAAAUGGAAAAAAUCGAUGAAAUGGAAUACAAUGUUUUGCAGCCGUCACCUUUAAAUGAAAAAGUUUUAAGGGACAAACGUAAGAAACUUAAGGAAACAUUUGAUCGUGUUAUGAGACUUUAUCAUAAUGAUGAUCCCGAACACUGGUCUGAGCUAAAGCGCAAGGAGGUUGAAUAUGAAAAGAAACGGCUGAAAAAGCAGCAGUAUUAUGAAAGUGUCAAGCAUGCUCAAAGUGUACAGAUUGAUGAAAUUCCUUUACCCUCUAGCAACCAGACACCGGCACCUACAACGGCCUCUUCUGCAUCCACUUUUCCACCCAAACGUCUACCACCACCACCCACAGCAUUAUCUUUGCCUCCAUUUGCUCCGGGAGCACCGCCUGGUACACUCAAAAAGACCAAUGAAAAUCUCUCAAAACUCUCCGAUAAAUCGGAUGACCUAAAAAAGAAAGAAACCUUGGGAGUACCCGUUGGACCACCUCCUGAUCUUAUAGAUUUUCCAGAUCUCGAUUCAGAUGCAGAAGACGACGAAGUUAUACUUAAAAAAUACGUGCCGAAAUCAAAUAAAGCCAAGGUAGUGCCCAAACCCAAUUCAUUACAGCAACGUAUGCUGGCCAUAUCAGGACAAAAUAUUGAUGAUUUCAUGAAAGAAAUGGAAAAUGUACAUAAAAAGAAGGUGGCAGCUGGUAGGUUGGGAGACAUUGCAAUCCCCACAGAAGACAGUGAAAAGAAAACAAAAUCAUCCGAUGCUGAGGAGGACGAUGAAGAUGAUGAUGACAAAACGGAUGAAUCGGAGAGUACGGAUAAUUCAGAUGAUGAAGAGGAUAGUGAUUCUUCCAGAAGGAAAAUAAAAGAUGCGGCCUCUGCAAAAACAGCAACUGUACCCGUACAUGCAGCACCGGUGGCGGCAGCUCCUAUGCCCAUGCCUUUAAAUUUGCCAGGUAUGCCGGGCCAACCGCAUAUGCAUGUUUCAGGGCCUCCAGUGCCACCUAUGGGAGGUUUGGCUCCACCGCCCAUGAUGUUUCGUCCGCCACCUCGACCACCAGGUAUGCAUGCCUUUGGCAUACGAAUGCCACCAGGACCACCACCUGGACCAAGACCUGGUAUGCCACGUAUGGGCAUACGUAUACCGGGACCACCGCCCGGCAUGCCACCCCGAAUGGCCCACCACAAAAAUCAACAGCUUCAAAACAAGGACAGUAAGGGUGUGACAACAAUUACCGCCAAACCUCAAAUAAGAAACCUGAGCGCAGAUGUUACACGCUUUGUGCCCUCAACUUUAAGAGUUAAACGUGAUGAUGCCCGCAAACCCAAUCGUUCAAAGCCUUAUGCUCAAGAAACCCCUAAUCAUCCCAAAGAGUCUAAUAAUGCCGCCUCGAAAGACGAUGCCUAUACACAAUUCAUGAACGAAAUGCAAGGCUUACUGUAAAUUUUAAACUAUGCAAAAACUGAAAUAGAAAUAAAACUGAAUUUAUAAAAUAAAACCACAAAAUUUUACAUAUUACAGAACUCGAAAUCAAA